AUGGGGACUCAACAUUCAGUUCUGCCGGUCAUUCUGGACUUGAGGAUAAAGGCGCGGGAGCUUAAGAGGCAGAGCGACAGGUGCUACAGGGAAAGUCUGCAAGAGAGAGAAAAGAUACGGCGCGCACUCCUACGCCAUAACCAGGAGGGCGCAAGAGUCUUUGCGCAGAAUUAUGUACGCAAACAACACGAAGGACUAAAUUGUCUCCACAUGUCGUCGAAACUCGAGGCAGUGGCAUCCCGUCUCGAUGGCGCUCACCGGUCGCACCAGCUUACUACAAAAAUUCAUUCGGUCGCCUCUGGCCUCUCGGGAGCCUUGCGGAAACUUGAUAGCUCCGCGUCUCUCAGGGAAAUUGAAUUGUUCUCUAAGUUGUUUGAUGACCUCGACGUCAGGAGCGAUUCAGUGUCGAGUUUGUUGGAUGCUUCUACUUCCAGCGCAAUGCCCACGCAGCAGGUCGACAAGGUAUUAUUAGAAGUGGCUCAAGCCUACCGCAUUCCUUUGGAAGACCACGCAGAGGCGGCAGACGCUCUUGUGGCAACCCACAAGGAGCAAAUGUCUAGACAGCAAGUAGGUUCUCUGGGAAAGGAUUAUUCAUGUGUAUACACCGCUCGAGCCGGGAAAUGUUUCAGAGGAAAAGCAGAGCGACUCUGCCGCCUAACUCCUUUGGGAACUUGGCAAGGAAAACCGACUUAUGAUCCUUACGAGGCCCUCGGGGUGGCUCCCAAUGCUCCCCUCAAGUCAAUUCAGCGGGCAUACAGAGUAAAGGCAAGGGUCUGCCAUCCAGACAAGCUGCGUGCUUUUUGCGCUAAGGAGACGGGUGUUCAUGAAGGCGAGAAGGAAGCGCAUGAAGAACCGUUUGUCAUUAUAAAUGCAGCAUAUGAAAUGCUGAGGAACGAAACACACAGAAAGCUUUUUGACAGAAGAGGGUCGGGAGACGGAGGGCGGUUUGUAAGAAGGGGGCACAAUACCGGAAUCUUGGGACGGACGGCAGCAGCAGCCACCACCGUCCUGGACAUGAUGAACCUUUUCGCUCAAGGCUACAGCUUUGGUUCAAAAGAUUCAGAUGAAGACGAGGAACUGGACGAAGAGGAGCUAGAUGACGAUGACGAGGAUGAAGACCCCUUUUCUGCUUUCGACUUAUUUGGGAUGACAGGAGAGGAGGAGGACACGCCGGUGGGACAGAGUGACAGCGGCUUCGCCUUUGAGUGGGAUCUUUUUGACAUGGCAUCUAUCAUUUGA